AUGGCGAUGCUCGUCGAUCGCGUCGAUCGCGUCGAGGGCGCGGAGGCGUACUCGGACGAUGAUUUCGAUGAAAACGCACCGGUCGUGACGCACGGCAAGGGCGAGAAGACGGCGACCGCGAAGACCAAACCGCUGGCGAACGCGACGAACAAGAAGACGGUUGAGGAGAUUUACCAAAAGAAGACGCAGCUCGAGCACAUCUUGUUGAGACCGGACACGUACGUCGGAUCGUGCGAGCGAGCGGAGGAGAAGGCGUGGGUGUACGACGACGCGACGAAAUCUUUGGUGCACAGACAGGUCUCGUUCGUUCCGGGUCUUUACAAAAUCUUUGAUGAGAUUCUCGUCAAUGCGACGGAUAACAAGGUGCGCGACCCAAAGAUGAAGGAGCUGCGCGUGGACAUCGACGUUGAGCAGGGCAUCAUCCGUGUGUACAACGAUGGUAACGGGAUCCCGGUUGAGAUGCACAAGGAGGAGGGCGUGUACGUCCCGGAGCUCAUUUUCGGUCAUCUCUUGACGUCGAGCAACUACGACGACAACGAGAAGAAGGUUGUCGGCGGGCGAAACGGGUACGGCGCCAAGUUGGCCAAUAUUUUCUCCACAGAGUUCAUCAUCGAGACCUGCGAUGGCUCUCGCGAGAAGAGAUACCGACAAGUGUUCAACAAUAAUAUGAGCGUCAAGGGCGAGCCGGUGGUGACAAAGUGCAAGAAGAGUGAAAAUUGGACGUGCGUCACUUUCAAGCCAGACUUUGCCAAGUUUGGCAUGGAGUCUCUCGUCAACGAAGAUGUCGCCGCGUUGAUGUGCAAGCGCGUGUACGAUGCGGCGGGUAACAUCGGUAAGAACACGAGCAUCUAUCUCAACGGCGAGAAGCUCGCGAUCAAGGGCUUCAACGAUUACGUAAGCAUGUACUUGAACAGCCAGGCGACGGCGCCGAAGAUCUUUGAUCUGUCCACGGAUCGAUGGCAAGUGUGCGUCAGCAUCUCUGACUCGCAGCAGUUUCAGCAGUGCUCGUUCGUGAACGGUAUUUGUACGAUGAAGGGCGGCACGCACGUCAACAAUGUGGCCGAUCAAAUUUCUCAGAAGCUGUUGGAGAAGAUUCAGAAGAAGGAGAAGACCUGCAAGAAUUUGAAGGCGUUUCAAGUCAAGAACCAUCUCUGGGUGUUCGUGAACGCUCUCAUUGAGAACCCGGCGUUUGAUUCGCAGACCAAGGAGACACUCAUCACGCGACCGAACAAGUUUGGGAGCUCUUAUUCGCCGUCGGAUUCCAUCAUCAAGAAACUCAUGGACUCGGGCGUGGUUGAAAACAUCAUGUCUUGGGCGCAGUUCAAGCAGAGCAAGGAACUGAAGAAGACUGACGGUGCCAAGCGCUCACGUCUGACGGGAAUCCCGAAGCUCGAUGACGCCAACGAUGCCGGUGGACGAAACUCUGAGUCUUGUACUUUGAUUCUCACCGAAGGGGAUUCUGCCAAGGCGCUCGCUGUGAGCGGUCUCUCCGUCGUUGGCAGAGACAAGUAUGGUGUCUUCCCGCUUCGUGGUAAACUUCUGAACGUGCGCGAUGCUUCGCAUGACCAAAUCAAAAACAACGCCGAAAUCAACAACAUCAAGCAAAUUCUCGGUCUGCAGCACGGCAAGGAGUACGAUAGCGCCAAAUCGUUGCGUUACGGUAAGCUCAUGAUCAUGACAGACCAAGAUCAUGAUGGUUCUCACAUUAAGGGUCUUCUCAUCAACUUCUUGCACGCUCACUUCCCAUCUCUGCUUAAGAUUCCUGGUUUUUUGCUCGAGUUCAUCACGCCGAUCAUCAAGGCGACCAAGGGGAAGCAGUCGAAGGUGUUCUACACGUUGCCCGAGUACGAGACUUGGAAGGAGGCGAACCAAGGCUCGGCUGGAUGGAGCAUCAAGUACUACAAGGGUCUUGGUACGAGCACAGCGAAUGAAGCCAAGGAGUACUUCGCGUCUCUUGAUCACCACCGCAAGAAUUUCAUCUGGGAAAGCGAUGGUGACGGUGACUUGAUCGACAUGUCGUUCAGCAAGAAGCGUGUCGAGGAUCGCAAAGCUUGGCUGAAUGCGUACGAGCCAGGCACAUUCUUGGAUAUGAGCGGCGAGGCGAUUCGAUACGACGAGUUUAUCAACAAGGAACUCAUUUUGUUCUCUAGAGCUGACUUGUUACGCUCGAUUCCGAGCAUGGUGGACGGCUUCAAGCCCUCACAACGCAAGGUUCUCUUCUCAUGCUUCAAGCGCAAGCUCAAGUCGGAUAUCAAAGUCGCGCAGUUGAGCGGCUAUGUCUCGGAGCACUCCGCGUAUCAUCACGGCGAAGCUUCACUCGCGAUGACCAUCGUCAACUUGGCGCAAGAUUUCGUCGGUUCGAACAACAUCAACUUGCUCGUGCCGAGCGGUCAAUUUGGUACGCGUUUGCAAGGCGGUAAGGAUCACGCAAGCCCACGUUACAUCUUCACUCGCCUGCAUGAGAUCUGCCGUGCGAUUUUCCCGGAGUGCGACGAUGCUCUGCUGAACUAUCUUGAUGAAGAUGGACAACGUAUCGAGCCGGACUUCUAUUAUCCGGUGCUUCCGCUCGUGCUUGUGAAUGGCGCCGAAGGCAUCGGUACGGGAUGGUCGACGAGCAUUCCUAACUUCAACCCGCGUGACAUCAUCUCCAACAUCAAACUCGUGCUUGAGGGCGAGGAAGCGCGUCAGAUGCACCCGUGGUAUAGAAACUUCAACGGCAGCAUCGUCGAGGAGAUUGUCAAGGGAGAUUCUCGUUACACUGUCACUGGCUCUUACAUUAUUCGUGACGAAUGCACGUUGGAAAUCACUGAGCUGCCGCUUCGAUCCUGGACCACUGAUUACAAGGAUUUCUUGGAAGAUAUGCUCGCGCCGAAAACGAAGAACGAAAAGCCUUUCAUCACUGACUACAAGGAGUACCACACUGACACUACUGUGCACUUCGUCAUCACGAUGCCCCCUGAAAACUUGGCCGCGGCGCAGAGCGCGCCCGGCGGCAUUGAGAAGAAGUUCAAGUUGAGCACCAAGGUAAGCAUCAGCAACAUGCACUUGUUCAAUGAACACGGUGCGAUUACCAAGUACGCCUCACCGAUCGACGUUCUGCAAGCGUUCAUCCCUCUCCGUCUCAAGGCGUACGCGCAACGCAGAGACAUGUUGAUUCGUCUCGCUGAGUCUCAGCUCAAACGUCUCUCCAACAAGAUGCGUUUCAUUCUCGCCGUUGUCGAUGGUAGUUUGGUCGUCAAUCGUAAGAAAAAGCAGGAACUCAUCGAAGAACUCGAUGCUUUAUGCUAUGACCGACUUCCCAAGACGGACAAGGGCACCGUUGCUGAACUUGACGAAGACGGUCAGUUCAUUCCGGAAGAAACCGCUGGCGCAUCCUUUGAUUACCUGCUCGGCAUGCCGUUAUGGAAUUUGACGCUCGAAAAAGUGGAAGAGCUGGUGUCCGAGAAAGAGGGCAAAGAAGCUGAGGUCGCCGAACUUCACAAGACGACCGAUAAGGAUCUGUGGAUUCGGGAUCUGGAGAACCUCGAGCAGAAACUCGAUCUCCUCGAAGCCGAAGACGAAGAGGCUCGCCAGGUUCUUGAAAGGCAGCAACGUGCGGCCGCGCGCAACAACACUACUGCGGGUAAGAAGGCGGCAAAGAAGAAGCUUGCCAAGCAACGUGCAGCGAACAGCAGCGACGAAGAUGAGUGGGAUGAUGACUUCAGCGAUGAUGACUUUGAAAUCUCGAAGCCAAAGAAGAGGGCUGCGCCCAAACCGAAGGCGGCGCCCAAACCGAAGGCGGCGCCUGCGCCCGUGGCCGCGCCCGUUCUGGAACCGCCGAAGGAUGAAAGCGACGCUGAGGAAACGGAACCGAUGUCUCUCGCCGAGCGCUUGGCUUUGCGAGGAGGCGCAGCGCUGAGCAAGCCCGCCAAAUCGUCUACCGCAGCAUUCGAUAUGUCCUCCAUGAGCACGGCGGUGACGGCUGCCGCUGCGAAGAAACCUGCCGCUGCGAAGAAGCCUGCCGCUGCGAAGAAACCGGCUGCUGCGAAGAAGCCUGCGCCCGCAAAGAAGGCUAUGUCUGAUUCUGAAGAUUUUGACGACGAGAGCGAUUCUGAAGUGGUCGCUCCAGUGGCGCCGAGAUCUACUGCUCGCCCGCAACGAGCACGCCCGGUCAAGAAGUACGCAGUUUCGGAAUCCGAAGAAGAGUCUGAAGAAGAUUUCUCUGAAGAGGAUGACGAAAGCGACUUCAGCGAAUCUGAAUAA